CUACGAAGCUGUCGAAACUGUUGCUCGACUUCGACCAACUCGCAAAAUGGGUUGGGAGAAGACGACUCGAAAAAACUGAAGUUCAACAGCUACGAAGCUGUCGAAACUGUUACUCGACUUCGACCAGCUCACAAAAUCGGUUGGGAGAAGACGACUCGAAAAAUUCAGUCCAACAGCUAUAAAGCUGUCGAAACUACUGCUCGACUUCGACCAGCUCGCAAGAUAGGUUGGGAGAAGACGACUCAAAAAAUUCAGUUCAACAGCUAUAAAGCUGUCGAAACUAUUUCUCGACUUCGACCAGCUUGCAAGAUUGGUUGGGAGAAGACGACUCGAAAAAUUCAGUUCAACAGCUAUAAAGCUGUCGAAACUAUUGCUCGACUUCGACCAGCUCACAAAAUGGGUUGGGAGAAGACGACUCGAAAAACUUA